AUGGUUGGUCUUGAUGGGACUGGUAAAACAAUAAUUCUUUAUAGACUUAAAUUAGAAGAAACUAUAAUAUCAAUUUCAACAAUUGAUUUUAAUGCUGAAACAAUAAACUAUAAAAAUAUUAGUUUUACUAUUUGGGAUGUUGGGGGAGUACCUUUACUUAAUUUUGCUAAUAAACAAGACAUACCUAAUGUAAUGAAUACCACUGAAAUAACAGAAAAAUUAGGUCUUCAUUCGUUGAAUAAUCGUAAUUGGUAUAUUCAAACAACAUGUGCCACAAGUGGUGAUGGGCUUCAUUAA